AUGGCAUCCAUUCCCUCUCAAGCAGAAUUGCAACAAUUCUACAUCGGCAAAGACAUCAAAGAUGUCCCCAAACCAGCAGCAAUCCUAGACGUAGCAAUAAUCCGCCGCCACUGCGAAACAAUGCUCCAGACAGUAAAAACCCUCAACGUCGGCUUCAGAGCUCACGUCAAAACCCACAAGACACCGGAAAUCGCCAAACUCCAAAUCGGCAACAACCCAACAGCAAACUUUAUAGCCUCAACACCCCUAGAGAUCGAAACAAUGAUCCCCCUCCUGCAAUCCCUCCAAAAAGCCCGACCAACAAACAUCCUUUACGGCAUCCCCCUAAUCCCCUCCCAAAUCCCGCGCCUAGCAAAAAUAGCAAAAAAACUAGGCCCAAACUCCCUCUCCCUAAUGAUCGACCACCCAGACCAACUGCCCUUCCUAGCAGAUUUCGCCAGGGAAGCAGGGAGUCCAGCAAAUAUCUUCGUCAAAGUCGAUACGGGAUAUCACCGCGCCGGCUUACCACCAUCUUCCCUUAACAAGAACGGUCUCCUUGAGAAAAUCUCCGCGGCUGAAGCUGCUGGUACUGCAUUAUUGCUUGGUUUAUAUUCGCACAGCAGUCUCAGUUAUAAUGGCUCAACACCGCAAAUUGCAAUGAGUCAUUUAAUCGCUGAGAUUAGGGGGUGCAAAGAUGCCCUGGAGAGCAAUGCCCAUCUCCUCCUGAAAGAAAAGAAACGGGAAUUGGUUAUUAGUGUCGGGGCUACGCCGCAGGUUGUUUCUUCGCAGAAUUUGCUGCGUCAUGAUUCUUGCGUUGAAGCGCGUGAACUGCGUUCUCUGCUGAAGGAUCCGAAUCUGAAUGUUGAGUUGCAUGCUGGCGUUUAUGCGAUACUGGAUAUGCAGCAGGUUUCUACGAAUGCUGUUGCUGGCCUUGGUGGGAUUGAGGAUGAGAUUGCGCUCUCGGUUUUGGCGGAGGUCUGUAGUGUUUAUAAUGAUGGCGAGCGGGAGAGGGCUGAGGCGCUUGUUGCUGCUGGGACGUUGGCGCUUGGACGGGAGCCUUGUGGGGGUUAUGAUGGGUGGGGAGUUGUUUCGUCUUGGAGGAGGGGUGGGAAUGGGGAUGGGAGGUUGGUUGUUCAGAGGAUUAGCCAGGAGCAUGCUAUUGUUGCUUGGGAGGGUGGGCUUGGAUUGGAGAAGAUUCCGUUGAGGGUUGGGCAAGUUAUUAAGGUUUAUCCCAAUCAUGCUUGUGUUACGGGGGCUUAUUAUGGGUGGUAUUUUGUUGUUGAUUCUGAUUUGGAUGGGGAGGCUGCGAAGGUUGUUGAUGUUUGGGUUAGGGCUAGGGGGUGUGCGAUUACGGAUCCGUUGUUGGAUCCAAGGAGUAUCUGA